AUGAUGUUACGUCAGAGCUUAAGGAAGACGAAAUCGAUAGCUACUUUCUUUGUAACCAAGCUCAAGAUCACCGGUUCACUAGGAUCAAUGGAGCACGGUGAAACCUCCGGCCGCUCCAAGGCCCCUCCCGGCGCCAACCGCGUCCUGUCCGUCGCCGACCUCGUCCUCCGGUUCGUCGCGAUCGGCGGCACGGCCGGCAGCGCCAUCGCCAUGGCCACGACGAGCGAGACGCUCCCCUUCGCCACGCCGUUCGUCCAGCUCAGGGCAGAGUACAGCGACCUCCCGACGUUCAUGUUCUUCGUGGUGGCGAGCUCGGUGGUGUGCGGGUACCUCGUGCUGUCGCUGCCGGCGUCCGUCCUGCACGUCGUCAGGCCCACGGCGAGGUGCAGCCGUGCCGUCCUCGCCUUGCUCGACGCGGUGAUGCUCGCCGUGCUGACUGCCGGCGCGUCGGCGGCGGCGGCGAUCGUUUACCUGGCGCACAGGGGCAGCACCGCGCGAGCGAACUGGUUCGCCAUCUGCCAGCAGUUCACCUCCUUCUGCGAGCGCACCACGGCCUCGCUCGUCGGCUCCUUCGCCGCCGCCGUCCUGCUCGUCGCCCUCGUCUUCCUCUCGGCGCUCGCGCUCGCCAGGCGGACCUGA